AUGGAAACGUCCCGCAGAAGCGGCGACGCCGAUCAGGCCCUCGCCCGUCUCGGCUACAAGGCUGAGCUCCCUCGAAACCUCAGCAUGCUGAGCGUGCUGGGCCUCUCGUUCGCCAUCAUGGCCGUCCCCUUCGGCCUCUCGACGACAAUGUACAUCACCCUCACCAACGGCCAGGCCGUCACCGUCCUCUGGGGCUGGGUCCUGGUCUCGCUCAUCUCCAUGUGCAUCGCAGCCUCGCUCGCCGAGAUCUGCGCCGUUUUCCCGACCGCCGGCGGUGUCUACUACUGGAGCGCCAUGCUCAGCACCCCUCGCUACGCCCCCAUCGUCAGCUUUAUCGACGGCUGGCUCACCCUCGUUGGCAACUGGACCGUUACGCUGUCAAUUAACUUCUCGGGCGCGCAGCUUAUUCUCAGCGCCAUCAGCAUCUUCAACGAGGACUUUGUCGCCAACCAAUGGCAGACUGUCUUGUGCUUCUGGGCUGUCAUGCUCGUGUGCGCUUUGGUCAAUGCCUUUGGUUCUCGUUACCUGGAUAUUAUCAACAAGGUCUGCAUUUACUGGACCGGCGCGAGUGUCAUCAUUAUUAUUGUCACGAUUCUUGUUAUGGCUCCUUCGCGUCGAACUGCCGAGUUUGUCUUUACCCAUUACGAUGCCUCGGCAAGUGGCUGGCCUGGCGCCUGGUCGUUCUUCGUGGGACUACUGCAAGGCGCAUAUGUUCUCACCGGCUACGGCAUGGUCGCUUCCAUGUGUGAAGAGGUUCAAAACCCCGAGCGUGAGGUCCCCAGGGCCAUUGUCCUGUCUGUCGCUGCUGCCGGAGUCACCGGAAUUAUUUACCUUAUCCCCAUUCUCUUCGUCCUUCCCGACGUCCAGAUGCUUCUCGGAGUCGCCAACUCACAGCCUAUCGGCACUCUGUUCAAGGUUGUCACCGGCUCCGCUGCUGGUGGCUUUGGUCUCCUCUUCCUCAUUCUUGGUAUUCUGAUGUUCGCUGGCAUUGGCGCCCUCACCGCUGCGUCUCGCUGCACCUACGCUUUCGCCCGAGAUGGUGCCAUCCCUGGAUACAAGCUAUGGAGCCGUGUCAACACAAAGUUGGAUAUGCCCGUCAACGCUCUCAUCCUCUCCACUGUUGUCGAUUGCAUUCUGGGAUGCAUCUACUUCGGAUCCUCCGCUGCUUUCAACUCCUUCACCGGUGUCGCCACCAUCUGUCUUUCCUCCUCCUACGGUGUCCCCGUUGCCGUCAAUCUUGUGCGCGGCCGCAAGAUCGUCAAGCACUCCCCCUACCCUCUUGGCAAAUUUGGACCUCUGAUCAACGGUAUCUGCAUCGUGUGGAUCUGUUUCUCCAUUGUUAUUUUCUGCAUGCCUGUCUCCAUCCCCGUCGAUGCCGAGACUAUGAACUACGCUUCUGUUGUGUUUGCCGGGUUUGCCGCUAUCGCUUUUGUUUGGUAUUUUGCCUAUGCUCGAAAGAACUUCACUGGACCACCUGUGCAUGACGAAGACUCAUUUGAGCCAGGAGUGCAAGUCCUCAAGGGUCAAGAAGGUAGUGCGCCUGUGCACGAUGCUGCAAGCGAUGUUCCAGAAAAGGAUUCUAAUUAG